GUACACGAAACCUGGAAAUCUGGAAAGGCGGAAAGGUGGAGUUGCUAUAACGUGGGCGUGUCUCAUGAUCAUAGACUGACCCGCUCGACAUGUGAGGUGCCGUGUAUAUCAAUCGAUCCUUGCCCUCUAAGGAGGACCGUUCACUUCCCAUCACAAGGCUGUUCGGAAUUCCAGAAAACAAGUCCCCAAGAUGGUCAAAGAUUCGGAAAUCGUGGGCGCUGCCCUUGCAAGAGUUCUUCCUGCCUAUGAGAAGCCAUGGUACAGGAUCCCUCACUUACUACAACUCAACCUCAUCCUGAUCGUCCCUCUCCUCUCCUCCGCGGUUGCAGGCUAUGAUGGCUCGAUGAUGAACGGUCUGCAGGCGACCAGCUCAUGGAAGGCCUAUUUCAAUAAUCCUACCGGCUCCAUCCUGGGUGUUGUCAAUGCUGCACAGUCAAUCGGAUCCGUUGCCAUCCUUCCUCUUGUUGCACCGUUGUCGGACAGGCUCGGUCGCAAAUGGACACUCCUCAUCGGCAUCGUCACCAUUAUCAUCGCUUCCAUCAUUCAAGCAGCUUCGGUCAACUACGCCAUGUUCGUCGUCUCGCGUAUCAUCGUGGGUGCCGGUGGUAUGCUGGUCACCCAGCCCUCACCCAUGUUGAUCUCGGAGCUGUGUUUCCCAACGCACCGAGGCAAGUACACCUCACUCUUCUGGACCAUCUACUACUUUGGAGCCAUCCUGGCUGCCUGGAGCACCUAUGGCACACAGAAACAUAUUGGAAACAGCGACUGGGCAUGGAGAGCACCGUCCAUACUUCAAGCGGCUUAUCCCAUCAUCCAGCUGUGCUUCUGGUGGUUCGUGCCAGAGUCACCCAGAUGGCUCAUCGCCAACGGAAAGAUAGCUGAAGCUCGAGCCAUUCUUGCCCGAUUCCACACCGGUGGCGACUCGAACCACGAGCUGAUCGAGUUCGAGAUGGCUGAGAUCUCCCAAGCCAUUGAAGCCGAACGUGAAGCCAAGAACACAAAAUGGUCAUCCUUGGUGGCGACGCCCGGCAACAGGCGUCGGCUGUUUAUCGUCGUGUGUGUCGGUGCCUUCGCACAGUGGAACGGUGUGGCUGUGGUGUCCUACUAUCUGACAUUGGUCCUCGAUACUGUUGGCAUCACGGACCCUGACACACAAACCUUGAUCAAUGGACUUUUACAGAUCUUCAACUUCUGGGCCGCGGUCAGUGCCGCCUUCCUUGUGGACCGACUUGGUCGACGCACUUUGUUCAACUGGUCUGGCAUUGGCAUGUUGGUCUCAUUCGUCAUCUGGACAGCCUGCUCGGCGGUAUUCGAUAUCAAUGGCAACAAGAGUGCAGGUAUUGCUGUUGUGGCAUUUGUCUUCAUCUACUUCUUCCACUACGAUAUCUGCUACACACCGCUGCUGUUCGGAUAUACCACUGAGAUCUUGCCGUACUCGCUACGAGCAAAGGGCCUGACAGCCGAAUUGCUCUCCAUCUACGGCUCCUUGGUGCUCCUCGCGUUUGUGAACCCCAUUGCGCUGGAAAACAUUGGGUGGCACUAUUAUAUCGUCUUUUGCUGCCUCUUGGUCGUCAUUGUGCUUGUCGCUUUCUUCCUCUUUCCAGAAACAAAGGGACACAGUCUUGAGGAGAUUGCGGAGAUCUUUGACGGACCGAGAGCGCGACCGAUGGUGGUCGACGACAUCAUGCUUGACAACAAGGACACACACGGAGAAGGCGUCGGUGUCGAACAUGUUACGAAGGUGUGAGGAUGCGGCAUGGGGGAGAGGUUCAAGUCGUCGGGCUCAUUGCAUUGCGCGUUCUGCAAUAGUAGAGUACUAGACGAGAUUUAGCUACUUACCUCAGACUUCAUGAUAAUAUUAGCUGGUAGCGAUACACCUUUGCAGUGCAGUGACAAGCUUGUAAGCUUCGUUCGUCCCGCACAUGAAUGCACCUCCGGGGCUGUCGUAUCUUGCUUGCGGUUUUCUU